CUUCAAUUUAUACUUUCUCCAAACAGAACCUUAAUUUACAUCACUACCAGCUUCCAUGGCCAAGACGAUUUUUACUGUGAAUGCCUUAAGACUUCUGUUCUUUGUGUUGGGUUGCUUGAUGUUGGCAACCCUCAUCUACACUAUCUCCACCGAUGGUUCUCCAUUCCGCAGAGAGCUCUUGACACCGUGGAUGACUGCAACCUUGAUUGAUUUCUAUAUCAAUGUUAUCACAAUAGCGGCUUGGGUUGCCUACAAGGAAGCAAACUGGAUUAGUGGAGCACUCUGGAUUAUUCUAUUAGUAUGUUUUGGAAGCAUCACUACAUGUGCCUAUAUUGUUGUCCAAUUUUUCAAGGUCUCAUCUCAAGAUCCUUUACAAGACCCUAUGUACCAUGUUUUGUUGCGGCAUUGGAACAAGGGUGAUGUUGAAAGAAAUAGGACCAUCUCCUUCGUCUUGGUUGCAAGAGUUUUUUUCAGCGUAUUGGGUUGCAUGAUGUUGGCAACACUGAUUUGCACCAUAUUGAUUGAUGGCCUUCCUUUCCGCAGAGAGCUAUUGACACCAUGGAUGGCAGCAACACUGGUAGAUUUUUAUAUUAAUGUUGUGGCUAUUGCGUUUUGGAUUGCUUACAAAGAAUCGAGCUGGAUAACUACACUCUUGUGGAUAGUUCUAUUGAUAUGUUUUGGCAGCCUCACAACAUGUGCCUUUAUAGUCAUGCAUCUUGCCCACCUCUCGUCCCAAGAUCCACUCUACCUAGUUUUGUUGAAUGAUCAUAGCAGCAAACAUGUUGCAGAGAAGUAGUUUUGAGCUAUAAGUUGGAUGGAAACAAACAUCUACAAUUUAGAAUGGGGUGAUGAAAGAAAAGACCUGGACAAUAGAGUAGACAUUUACUGAUACACACUCAUUGCCACGGCAAAUAUUGAUGCUCUUAUCUUUUUUAUUAGAUAUGAAUAUAUGAUUUGUUAUCUGUAAAGAGCUUUGAUCACCAAUUCAGCAUCAGAUACAGUUCUACUC